UUGAAUAAGUGUUUCAUAGUGGUUUUUUUACCAUUACGAGGUUUAUUUGUGAUAAAAUGAAGAAAAUGCUGAUAAUUUUCUAAUUGAACUAUAUAUGUUUGUGGCGAAUAAUAUAAAUUGGUCUUUUGGUGAAUGAAUAUAAACGAAAUUUGCAUCAGCCAUCAGCUCCAUACAAUAAUAUCAGAAUGCCGUCAACACAUCUCAACCUAAGAGAGGAUGAUGUAGUUCGCUUGGCUUUGGAAUUUCUUCAUAAUAGAGACUUACAUAUUACACAAUUAUCCCUUGAAAGAGAAACUGGUGUUAUUAAUGGCAACUAUGCAGAUGAUGUACUGUUUCUACGACAACUUAUUUUAGAUGGGCAAUGGGAUGAUGUGCUCGAAUUUAUACAGCCUCUCAGUACUUUAAAAGCAUUUGAACUAGAUAAAUUCAAUUACGCCAUUCUACGCCACAAAUACAUAGAGCUCCUUUGUAUAAGAUCUGAAAUUAAAGCUUACAACAAUGUAGAAAAUAUUGUAGAUGAAGUAGUGAAAGUUUUAAGUGAUUUAGAAAAAAUUGCUCCUUCCAAAGAAGAGUACUCGAAUUUGUGUCUUUUGUUAACUCUACCCAGUAUUACAGAUCAUGCACAAUUCAAAAAGUGGAAUCCAAGCAAUGCUAGAGUUCAAUGCUUCAGGGAAGUUUAUCCACUCGUUGAAAAUUUCCUACCUUGUGAUAAAAAGUCAAGUGGCAUAGUAGCAAAAUCUGCCAAGAAUGAUAGAUUAAUGCAGUUGCUAAUAAAAGGUAUUCUAUAUGAGUCAUGCGUAAACUAUUGUCAAGCUAAAGCUACGGGUUCAAAGGAAGCUCAGUCUAAUGAUGUUCAAUUUUCGCGACUUUUAGAUGGUUCAGGUUUUGAUGAAUCAGAUCUCAGCCUGUUAUCUUGGCUUCAAUCAAUACCAGCUGAGACAUUUAGUGUCCCUUUUGAACAAAGGAUGUUGGAUGUUGAUGUUGAAAAGUUGGAGCGCCCAUCUUUGCACACAUCCUGGACUGAACACAUGCUAGUUACCCCAAUCAAACCUCGCACUUUUCCUCAUUUAGCAAUGCCAUUCAGGCGACCUAGGUCUGCUGCUGAUGCAAUGACAAGAUCUUUGAGACCAUUGCCAGAUGGUGCUCCACGACACCCUGCUCUGAUGGCUUUGUCUGCUAUAGACUAUGGCCCAUCUUCAUCAUAUUUUGCUGGUUUUCAUCUGACAGGUAUAAAAGGAAACAAAUUAAUGAACACAUCAGUGGAUCGGCUGUUUGAUAACAAAAAUAAUGAAAGUGUUUACAAUGGCCUCAAUGAGUCAUUGAAACCAAUUGAUGAACAAUUGAAGCCAAUUGGAGAGUCAAAAACUAACGAAAGUAGCAUUGGUGCAUCGACAGCUACAACGCCUGAGCAUAGAGGACAUGAUUAUUCUGUAUCUACAUCUAUUUCAACAACUACCGCACCACCAGAGCGUUUGACCCAAACUGAACGAAUGCAACAAACCCAAAUUGCUGCACCUGUUGAUGGAGAUUUUAGACGAGAACUGUUGAAAGAGUAUCAAAUACAAAAGCAACGAGAAUGUGAUGAUUAUCUCCGUAAUCUGUGCUCUUCAGAGAUUAGACAUCAGAACCCUGUGGAAGAAAAUGAAUCUGCCUCAGCACUUCCUGUAACUGUUAAAUUCAGUCCAAAACCAGUGCCUGAUGCAAAACAAAAAAUUAAUGAUCAAGUACAUAUGAGGCAAAAUGAGAUGACCGAUACAAUGGAUGCGCAAGAUCCUUUGAACGCGCAGAACAGAAAUGGCGGCCUUCAGUCUGCUCCAUUAUCCGCACCAAACGCCGUGUCUGAAACUAAUGGAUCGAGACCCAUGUUCAAGCCUGUCACGGUGUUGGAGGAUCUUCAGGCGGUGAGGUGUGCCGAGUUCCAUCCAAACGGAAAACUCUACGCGGUCGGAUCUAAUACGAAAACCCUGAGGAUAUGCACAUACCCGAAGAUUGAUGAUGUCAAGGAUACUAGCACUCCGUCAGCGCCGCAGGUCUUAUUAAAGAGAACGAAACAUCAUAAGGGCAGCAUCUACUGCUUAGCUUGGAGCCCAGCUGGGGAUCUACUUGCGACAGGAUCAAACGACAAAACAGUAAAGUUGAUGAGAUUUAACAGCAAUAACUGCAAUCUGGAAGGACAAGAAGUUGAACUAACGAUGCACGAUGGCACAGUUCGUGAUGUCUGCUUCAUAGAAGAUACCUCGAACAAAACCAGUCUUCUUGUUAGCGGUGGUGCCGGCGAUUGUAAGAUCUAUGUCACCGACUGUGCUACAGGAAAACCAUUCCAGGCACUGAGUGGUCAUUCGGGACAUGUACUCUCUCUGUAUAACUGGGGUGGUGCGAUGUUCGUAUCAGGCAGUCAGGAUAAAACUGUCAGAUUCUGGGAUCUACGUACUGGUGGCUGCGUCAAUGUAAUAUCACCACCGAUGGGACACCCUGGCAAAGGUUCUGCUGUAGCAUCCCUAGCAGUGGAUCCGAGUGGCAGACUCCUAGUGUGUGGUCACGAUGAUGGGUCGUGCGCGUUGCACGACGUACGUGGCUCGCGUUCCCUACAACGUUUCACGCCUCACUCGAGUGAUGUCAGAAGUGUACGCUUUUCACCUGGCGCGUAUUAUCUCCUCACUGCGGGAUAUGAUGGCCGAGUUGUGCUUACGGACUUACAGGGUGACCUUACCUGCGCACUGUCGAGCGUCCCCAUAGCCCGCCAUCCUGAUAAGGUGAUAUCAGCAAGAUGGCACCCAGAUGACUUCUCAUUCCUCUCGACGUCUGCCGAUAAGACUGCAGUACUAUGGACUAUACCACCCAUAUAAACCUCGGUAAAGAAACGGCCAAUUUCUAUAAUGAAAAUUUUAUAAAUGCCGGCACGUAACGUGGGAAGAUGGCGAAAGAACUUCGCCUAGUACCACAUCUUUACAACUUAUUCACCGGGAACUAUAUCGUUGUAGGACAAAUUUUAAAUUGUAACAUAUGCUAUUGACGUUUUAUUAACGAAGAAGGUGUUAAAAAUUAAUAUAAUAAAAU